GGACGCCGGCCGGCGAGAUUGCUUUUGCGCAAUGAGCUGGAGAAUUCCUUUUAUCGGCUCUCAGCAGCAGCAGCAGCAGCAGCCUGAACCUAAUUUCCAGGACAUAUCUACGCAAUCUUGGUACCCUCCCUCGGUGGUAGGUUCAUCUUCACAUCCAUCCACGCCCACCUCAUCCAGUGCUAGUACACAUCAAAGAGCUUCAGAUCAUCCUCAGUCUUCAUCACGUGGCCAACCAUCUCCAGCUGAGGCUGCAGGAAUAAUUGCUCGUCUGAAGGACAAGAGUGUUGAUGAAUUGCAAAGGCUGUUAAAAGACAAAGAGGCAUAUAAUGCCUUUUUCAAUUCUCUCGAUCAAGUGAAAACCCAAAACAAUUUACGUGACGAGCUUAGGAGGGAGACACUGCAGCUUGCAAGAGAAAAUUUGGAAAGGGAGCAACGGAUUUCAGAGCUCAGGAAUCAGUGCACUAUUAUAAGAACUACAGAACUAGCAACUGCUGAGGACAGGUUGGCUGACUUGGAAAGGCAGAAGGACGAGAUUAUGAGGUCCUAUUCUCCUGCUGCACUGCUCGCCAAGCUGCAAAGCACAAUGGCUAAGUUGGACGAGGAGUCGGAGGAGCUGCACCAGAAGUUCCUGGAGAAGGACAUCGAUCUGACCACCUUCGUGCAGAAGUACAAGAAACUCCGAGCUGCGCACCACAAGUACUUGUUGCUCCACCUCGCCGGCAAGACCUCGCUCCGCUGAUUUAUCUAUCCAUCUUCCGUCGUGGAUCUCUCUGCUCUGUUGUAUCCCGUUUCUGGUGGUGUCUGCCCGCUUGCCCCUGUUUUUGACCGUAGACACCAGACUGAGGUCGCGUGUAUAGUUAUGGUCGACUUCACGAGCAUUUUAAGUAUUGCUGAAUUGUUGAUGUCGAAUGCAGAAUAUGACCAGGGUCUUGGAAACAAGGAAACAUGCUGAGUCUUUCUUUUAUAA